AUGGGCAGUAUCCUCCUCCUUUGGGAGCUCGGCCCGGACACCGGGGGCCCUGGCUACUGGGUCGACAGGGGAGGGGGCCAUUGGAAGUCCCCAGAGGGCGAGAGGGCAGGAGACCCGCGCGACAUCGCAGAGGCGCUGCUCGAGGACGCGCAGCUGAUGCGGCGGGCGGCGGCGGCGCAGCACCACGACGGCACCUGGCCGAAAGCAAGGCGGCGCAGGGAGUUCGACGAGACGGACUGCAGGCGCGAGCGCGACGCGGAGGAGGACGAUCUGCACCGCAUCCUGGGCGCCUGCGAGGAGAGGCAGGAGAAGGCCAUCCUUGCAGGGGCGCAAGGAUACAGGCGGUGCGGUUGGGGCUGGGCAGUGCUGGAGACGACGUGCCAAGCGCUGUGCCCCUCCAUCCGCGCGGCCACGUUUGGGCCGCUGCGUGGCAGCAGGCAGAUCAACAACAAGAGCGAGCUGCGGGCCUUCAUUAGCAGCCUGGAGUCCACAGAGGGGCCGAUGGCGCACUGGGCCGACAGCGAGAUCACCUUCAAGGGCUGGAGGGACCGCCGUGAGGAGUGCGACCACAAGACCAGCGAAAACGGCGACUUCUGGCGCAGGGUGAGGAAAGCUCUCCGGGAUAGGCCAAGCACCAGGGAGGACAUCACGAUGCACCACAUGAACAGCCACAUGGACGCGCAGGAGGCAGAGGAUAGGCAGCACGCGAUUAGCGAGGCCAAGAUGGGCUGCUACGAGUGGCCACGGGCCACGGCGCACCUCGUCAGGACGCGCAUCGCGGAGUGCACCAAGGACGCGAUUAGAAGUGGGCCAGACGAGAGCAGAGUUCUCAAGCGCGCCAGGCAGACGGUGAUGAGGCACGCGGCGCUCAGCGGACUCCAGGGGCGGUUCGCGACGCAGUGCCCAGGGCCGCCGCCGGCGGAGGGAAGGCGCGUCAGCUUCUACGGCGUGGAGCCGCACGAGACCCACCCGCUGAGAUGGCCCGGCUACUCGCCGCAGAUCCCGGUCCCCACCAUGGACGAGGCGGGCACCGGCGAGGGCACGUGCGUGGCGGUCGACCCGCACAACCCGAAGGGGGAGGAGAGCCCGCGGGGCCCAGGGACUGCUGCACGCAGUUCAUCAUCGACGAGGGCGGCGACUACGGGGCCGAGAACUACCUCCGUGCGAACGCCUACUUCGACAUGGAGUGGGUGA